AUGAUGAGCGACAAUGGAAAAACGUUCAUUGGCGCCCAGCGCGCAACAGAACGCGACUUCGUUAAAUUUCUUAACGAAUGUUCCGCAGACAUUGUCAAAAAAUAUGCCACUCAAGGCAUCAAGUGGCAAUAUAUACAACCCAGCGCCCCCCACGUGGGCGGCUUGUGGGAAUCUGCAGUGAAAAGCUUUAAAAUCCAUUUAAAGAAAACCGCUGCAACCCACAAGUUUACUUUCGAAGAAUUCACGACACUUCUGGUGCGAAUGGAAGCAGUCCUCAACUCGAGGCCUCUGUCCGCACUUUCCCAAAACCCAGCUGAUAUGACAGCUCUUACUCCGGGUCACUUUCUUCGAGGUGCACCGCUGUUGGCCAUUCCCGAGCCUAAUGCGGAAGACCUCUCUCUACUAAACCGGUGGGAGAAAGUCAAAGCACUUCACCACCAAUUUAGUCGCCGCUGGAAAGAAGAUUACCUCAAAGAUCUUCAGAAGAGAUACAAGUGGAAAACCUCACAACGCGAUCCUCAGCCAGGCGACCUUAUCGGUAUCAAAAAAGAUUCGCUCCCCCCACCGAGUGACGAUUGGGACGACUCGAAAACGUUCGCCACAGCCCUGAUAACCACACACGUGUCGUAG